CUGGGUACACUAAUGGUCCGGGCUUCUUUGCUCCAUACCGGUCAGUCCGGUACCAUUUGAAAGAAUGGGCGGCUAAUGGAAAUAACCCACAAACUCCAAGAGAGUUAUAUAAUCUGCGACAUGCAUCAGCUAGGAAUGUGAUAGAGAGAACUUUUGGUCUACUAAAAAUGAGAUGGGCUAUUUUGAGGACUAGUUCAUUUUUUCGCAUACGGAAUCAGAUCCGUGUCAUUAAUGCUUGCUGCAUAUUGCAUAACUUUCUAAGAGAUAGGCAGAGAGAGAUGGAUGAUAUAAUGCUAAUUGACGUGGAUAAUCAGUUAAAUGCUGCUGCCAUCGAACAUCCUGAAGAACCAAACAUGAUUAGACAUGUUGAAUCAACAACUGAGUGGAACAACAAGCGAGAUACCUUAGCUAAUCAAAUGUGGGCAGAUUACCAAAGGAGACGCGGGGGAGCCAAUCAUUGAAUUCAUUCAUUUGAAGAUAUGGAUGUGGAGAAGAAAGGAGGUAGAAACUACCUUACCUGGAUGGAUGAAAUGGAUGAAGCAAUGCUGAAUGUGUUCGUGGAGCAUUACAAUAGAGGGGAUCGUGCUCAAAAUGGGUGGAAGCCACAUGUUUACACUGCAGUUGUCAAGAAUGUUCAAGCCAAGUGCAAUGUGGAUAUCACAAAGGAGAAUGUCAUAUCAAGGUGCAAGACUAUUGAUAGACACUAUGUCAAUGUCAGCAAGAUGUUGUCAACGAGUGGUUUUGGGUGGAAUUGGAUCCAUAACAAGCUUAUGGUUGAUAGUGAGGAUGUGUGGAGAAACUAUGUCAAGGCAAACAAAGAUGCAGCAUGCUACAGGCACAAGGUCAUAAAGUUUUGGGACUCUAUCAGCCUUGUCUUCUCGAGGGAUCAUGCCACCGGAACGGGAGCCAGAACUGCUGGUGAAAGUGCAGCGGAAAUGGCUGCAGAGAAUGUCAACAACAUCAACACUGAUUCUGCCGCAACAUCUUCAACCCAAACCGGCGAGGAACAGAAGAGGAAAAGAUAUCGAUCGGAUGACUCAAUUGCAUCUAUGCUUGGAGAGAAAUUGGAUAAUUUUACCAGUGCCUACAAAGCUGAUAUCGCUCAAGUUGCUCCUCCUGAGAAACCCUCCUCUCCUGAAGAAAUACUUGACGCUCUCAAUGCAAUUGUGGGACUGGAUGAUGAUGGCUUGCUAGCAGCUUAUGAUUUCCUCAUAGCAGAUGACCGCAAGUUCAAGGCUCUUAUGGCGCUGCCUGAAAGGAUGAAGAAGAAAUGGAUCCUCAAGCAAAUCAACCAAUGAAGGAAAUUUUGGGUGAAGUGUGAUGUUGAACGAACAGAACGAAGAAAUGAAGAUCCUUGAGCAAUGAAAAUCUUUCUUGGAUGGUGCUAAUAAUGCAAAGAUUCAGUUUUUAUGUAACCUUGACUAGAUUAUGAUCAUUUGAUGUUGUUGUGAACCUUUGUCGUAUUGCAAAGAUUAACUUUUUACAAAGUCUCAUGUUUAAGUUAUAUGUAUUGGCAUGGUUCAGUUUAAUGCAAAACAUUGCCAUGUGUGAACAAACGAGCUGUCAAUGUUGGUGUUGGUACAGAUUUGUUCAUACUAUUUAUUCCUAGCACAAAGGCUAGUGCGUUGGUGCUGGUAUAGUUUCAUGCUCAUUUUGGUUCUGGUACAGAUUUGACCUCAAAAUCCUAGUGACAGCCAAACAUGAAAUUUGGAUUUGGAAUCUAGAUUCAGCCAA